AUGGAAGAGCAUGCUUUGAACCCUAGAUGUUGGCGGUCACCCUAUUUUGGGGCAUGUUGGAAUUGGGAGCUGAGAGCCUGUGCAACUCCCUGUAAAACAGCCACUGGUGUUCAAGGGUUUGUGAAGAGUACAUCAUCGGUUAGUGCAACAGUAGAAGUUUGGGCUGUAAAGUGGGAACCUAACAACAUGUUCACUGUUGCGGAGUAUCGGUUACCAGAAGUGAAGGCUGAAAUAGCCAUGUACUUCGAUUUCCCUAGGCAGAUAAACUCUCGCCGAAUCUCAUUUAGACUUCUUGGAGAUGAUGUUGCAUUUGCAGAUGACCCAACCGAACAAGAGGAUUCAGAUUUUUUUAGAGCUCGACCACUAGCAACAGGUUUGUCUUUGUCAAAUAGAUUCAAGUUGUAUUAUUAUGCUGAUCCUUAG